AUGUCAAAGCACAAACAAGCUGAAGAUGUCGAGAACGAGCGAGAAUUACUGGCCACACGAAACGCACUUCUUGAAACGACGCACACAUUGUCAACACUCCCAAUUGUCAAAACUCCUGUCUUCCCGAACGUGGUCAUCAAAGUCGUCGAUGCGUACUGGGCUUUAUUGUCAGCCGCCUCGAACGUGCACACAAACCUCAAGCAUGAUGAAUUUGCACGUUUGCAGGCUCACUAUACCCAUGACAACCAGAACCACAGCCGAAUGGCAUGA